CUUAUACUUAUCUCAGCCUAUAACUACUCCCCGUUCUCCCAGACCCCUCCUCUUUUACUCCUUCCUCCUUAUUCCUCCCACUUAGCUCAUGUAUAUAUCCCUUCAACCAUCAAACAAUGACCCAAACCCUCCGUCCCGCCUUCGCCGACCGUCCCCGGCCGCUCCUCUCCUACGGCAUCCCCUUCCCCGAUGCCGCCGCUCACCACGUCACUGACCUCUUUCAGGCGUCGCGCAUUUACAUCCUCUGCUCGGAGUCACUGGCCCGCAAUACCGAUGCUUUAGAUCGCCUCACAACCGCCCUGGGCCAGGAUAAAGUCGUGGGCACGCGCAUCGGGAUGAAAAGCCACACGAUGUGGUCCGAGGUGUUGGAGAUUGUGCAUGAAGCCAAAGCUGCGGAGGCGGAUCUACUGAUUACCCUGGGUGGGGGGAGUCUGACGGAUGCAGCGAAAGUCAUAGCAUUGGCCCUCUCCAACGACGCCCUCACUCCCCAUGCCCUCUUAACCCUCACCACCACCCCGCCCCCCGAUACCCCCUCUCCAAACCCCAACAUCCAUACCCCAACAAUCCCCAUCCUCUCCAUCCCCACCUCCCUCUCAGCCGGCGAAUACUCCCCCUUUGCCGGCGCCACCAACGACACUUCCUCCACCUCUGCCCCCCAAAAACACUCCUUCCAAUCCCCGACGCGAGGACCCGAACUCAUCAUUCUCGAUCCAACCCUAACCCGCACCACCCCGGCACGCAUCUGGCUCGGCACAGGCAUCCGUGCUAUUGAUCACUGCGUGGAAACGUAUUGUGCGAUGAAAGGCAUGACGUCCGAAACAGAUCAAUUGGCCUUGCAUGCGUUGGGGCUGUUGGUUCCGGGGUUACUCAGAUGUAAAAUCGAUGGAGAGGGGGAGACAGGGUUAGGGGCGAGGUUGGAUUGUGCUUUGGGUUCUGUGGAUGCUAUGGCUGCUUGUUCGAGGGGAAGGGUACAGUUGGGGGGGAGUCAUGGGAUUGGGCAUCAGCUCGGCCCCCUCGGCGUACCCCACGGCGAAACAUCAUGUAUCCUCCUCCCCGCAGUAUGCAAAUACAACGCCAAGAAAAAGGCCAACAACGAGCGCCAGGAUCGGUUACGUGGGUUCCUACUCCGACAGGAGGGAGUGAUGGAGGUGGUGAAGCGAUGGUACCCCGGGAAGGAUACCAAUGGUGGUGUGGAAGAGGCAGACCUAGGAGACGUGCUUGAUGUCAUCAUCCGGGAACUAGGGCUACCGCGGACAUUAAAAGAAGUCGGAGUGGGGCGGGACAAGCUGGACGGACUGGCGGAGAAUAGUCUGCGCGAUCGAUGGUGUCGGACGAAUCCAGUGCCAUUGGUCGAGAAGGAGCAGGUACUGGAGAUUUUGGAGAUGGUGGUGGAAUGAGCCUUCUCCCUUUUUUUUCUCUUUAUGUACGGUGUGUGUGUGUGUGUGUGUGUGUGUGUGUGUGUGUGUGGUAAUCAUAGGUAGUGUAUGUAUGCAUGUAUGUACGGCUUAUUAUGGUCCUGACUACGGCCGCAUCAUGAAACCGCUAUACACCGGAAAAAGAAA